GGAAAGGGCUGCCUUCUUUGUCACUGUGACGGUGCUCUGCCUCGCAAGGGGCUGCCUAUUCAAAGAUGGUGCGCUCGUCGCUCGGCCGCGCGGUCCUCGCCGACAGCGGGCUCGUCGGCUCCGAGGAGUACCCCUACUAUGGCAUUUCCGUGCCGGAUUUUCUCAAUCUGACCGAAUGGCUGCCGCAUGAGGCGCUGAAGGCGAGCGGCAAGGUGCGCCAGAUGGGCGAGGCGGAUGAAGUCAUCUUCGUCUCGCACCAAUGGACCAGCUUCUCGCAUCCCGAUCCCGCGGGCAACCAGCUGCGGGCGCUGCAAACGCAGAUCCGGACGCUCAUGAAAGGCAAGACGGCGGUCCGGAGCGACUACGGGCUCGACGCCGGCUAUCAAUAUUCGAUGCUUACGACGGGCAAGGAGUGGGCCAAGCAGCUCCCGAACAUGUACCUCUGGGUCGACUACUGCUCGAUCCCGCAGCCGGGCGCCGCCGCCGGAGGCGUCCACGCGGCGCAGCACUCCGAUCAUAGAGAGGGAGAGGGAGACCUCGUCGCGCAGCUCAAGCAAGCCGUAAACAGCAUCCCCUCGUACCUCGCGCGGUCGACGAUGAUGUGGAUUCUGGUGCCGCCGGUCAAGCACGAGUCGCUGGAGGGCGCGAUCUGUGACUUUAACUCGUGGCGCAAGCGCGGCUGGUGUAGGCUUGAGUUCGCCGCCUCGAAGCUCUGCGCUGGGGAUGAUAUGCCUUGUAUGGUCAUCACAUCGGCCACGGCGACUCCUGAGUACUGCGCGCCUUGCGACAUAUUUAAGUUAUGUGCGGGCCGUGGCGACUUCACCGUCGACAGCGAUCGGGACGCGGUUAACGAUACGCUGACCAAGAUGCUGCGCGCCAAGGUCGAACAAUACGCCAAGGAAGAUAUUACUCUCUCGCGGAUGAUGCAGGUCUUUUCGCCCUUGUUCGUGCCGCGACACGCCUACUACGGUGCCGAGGGCCCCGGAGGGUUGGAUCAGCUCAAAUCUUUUCUGAGGUGGCGCAGCGAUGCCGAGGAGGCGGCGUGGGAGGCCGAGACCGGCUGGAAUCUCCUGACGCUCGCCUGCACGAUGGAUGACGGGCCGGCGAUCGACGAGCUGCUCUCACAGGAUGCGGCGACGGUCGAGCGCCUGUUUGCCGCGAAGGGAAAUGAUAUGUGUGGUGCGGGGAAAAAGAAUGCUCCGCUAAGAAGGCGCGAGCCGCUGGGACAAAAGCUGAUGGACUAUGCGAAUGAGAUGACACCGCUUGUUGCUGCGGCGACGUUCUGUAGCCGCCCUACGUUCGAGAAGCUUCUGGACGCCGGUGGGUUGGCCGCCGUUGAGCGUGACGGGCUAGGGUUGCUCGGCGUGCGGCCGUGCCUGUACAAGGGCGCCAUAAUCUCGGGGAAUCACGAGAACGUGAGCUUGAUCCUAGCGCGCUACCCGCAGUACGCGAACGCCGUCAAUCCCGAUAGUGGCUGCUGCCCAUUACACAUGGCCUGCGGUACGGCCGCGUGUCGCGGCCAGAAGCAAGUGAUGGAGGCGCUGCUCGCCUCUCCGGCGAAGGAGUCGCUCAACAGCGUCGUCGCACCCUUCUAUGGAUCGGUGCUGGGCACGGCGUGCAAAUUCAACGAUCAAGAUCCCGACACGGUCCGAAUGCUACUGAAGGCCGGCGCCGACCCGUCGAAGCCCGAGCCUCUGAUGCCGUUGGCUGUGAAGCUACGCCGCGUAACGGCGGUUUUGAAGUUCUUCGGCAACGUCCAGGCGCGCGGCUUCCACACGAUGCUCGCCUCGUUACCUGCACGCUUCAAGCAGUCUCCGACGCAUAUCGCCGCGAAGAAGGGCGAUAUGGCCCUCGUAAAGGUGCUCGCUGAGCACGAGAAGUUUCCGGUGGCCCAGUAUGAAGAUACCAAGGGUCGCACGCCCGUGGCGCUCGCCGUCGACGACACGGUGAAGACCGCAAUCUCGGAAAUCGUGGGACCAGCAGCGGCGGCGACGCCUGUCCCGGCCAACAAGGUUGCGCCGGAGCCCUGAACUCUCCCUUUCCAGUUUUCGCGUCAAUUCCAUUGCCAGUGCUACACACUAAUAAUCAACUUAGUCAC